AUGAAAGAACUUGUUUCAGGCGAGAGGUCAGAAAUGGAAGAGGCAUGCAGAAGAACUCACAUUGAACCUGAGAUGAGCACAGCACCAGAGAAGGCCUGCGCAUUGCUAGAUUCUUGUCUUGUUGAUCCUUCUGAACUCCUGGCUAACAUUGGGAAGCAUAUUUUAAAAGUUAAACAAGAAUAUGUGAUCAGAAAAGAAAUCAUCGACAGAGUGAAUAAAUGGCUAUUGGCAUGUGAAGAAGAGGGAUGGCUUCAAGAAUAUGACAAGGACACAAGCAAGUGUACUGCUGGAAGGGGUACUCAUUUAAAUCUAAAACGGGCAGAAAAUGCAAGGGUGACUGUCAGCAAAAUUCCAGCUAAUAGUCAACAAUCUAAUGAACAAAGUAUUUGCUUGGGAGGAAUGGAUGAGAAAAAUAUGGUCCUCCUAUAUGGUGGGGUGAGGUCAAUGUCCAUUCUACAAGACGACAUAAGGCAGAGGAAAGACUAA